GUUGUCAAAUGCCAAAUCCAAGGACUUCAACUUUUUCAAAAAAGUUUUUUGAAUAAUUAAAGACGGUUAAAGGAAUAGGAGUUACAAUCAAUUUUUUUUUGUUGAAUAAAUUUGAAAUCAAACCAGGACAUGCAAUCAGUGUAAAAGUAUUAUAAUGGGUUCCAAAAACUGGCGCAAGGUAGAAAAUGAAGAUGGAUAUCCGUGCUACAUUGACGAAAUUAGUGGUGAAAAGGACUUCAAUCACCCAACGUUUAACAAAAUCCUUUGUUUACUUGAUGAAUAUGAAGAUAUUAAGUAUAGUGCGUAUAAAGUAGCAUUCAAAAUAUUUACUCUGCAAAGACAACUAAAAGUACCGCCACUUCGGAUAUGUUCUGGUGUGUUUGCCAGACAUCAACUAAGUCUUUCCGAGAGUAGUUUAUCACUAGACACAGCAGAAUUGGAGGCUGUUCUUGCUGAUAUUUAUUUUGCAGCAGAGAAGGAAGGAUUGUUUGUUGGUGAUGUUGACUUGACUGUAGAUCUUGUUAUUAAUCUACUCCUAAAUGUUUAUGAUGAGAAAAGAAAUGCUCCCAUAAGAGUUCUUGCAGCUAAAACAUUAUUAAUUUUAUUGAGCGAAGAGUCGGUUAAGGACAAAUGGCUGGCUUUAGCCAACUGUUGUGCAGACCACAAUGGUUGUGUGUCUCCAAAAAGGUUAUCUGCCUUAUUACAUCAUGUAGUUACUUUGACUAAGUAUUUGGGUGGUAAAUGUGAUCAAGUCCAGACUGAUAUUGAUGCUUGUUUUAGUAAGAGUGCUGGAAUGCUGGGAAUAAGCUGUCGUUUAGUAGCAGAAUGGGGAGCCUGCAGUUGUGCUAGUACUCGUUGGCUAAUAGUUGUACAACAAGUGGUGUCAAGCCGGAAUUGUGCUACAGCUAAUGCUACAUGUGUUGUUUGUGUUCAACCACUUAUACAGGUUCUGAAAUUUAAAUGCUCAAAGUGCACAGAUUUAUAUUUCUGUGAGAAGUGCUAUUUGUAUGACAAAGAUUUAAAUAAUAUAACAGGUCACAAGAAGACACAUAUAGUGUAUGAAGUAAAUGAUGGAGAAAUCAAACCCACAGAAUGCCUUAGUUUUAUAAAGGGCAUAAAACGUUUCUUCUUCUGUACAAAGACUGGUAAGAAGAAGGCAAAAGGUGCAAAAAGGACUGAAAAAGUAAGACAAGCCUCGGUUCGGAGGAAGAGCAAACCAACCAUAUUUACAUCAACAGUUGGUAAAGCUUCGGGCAAUACUGCAAAUAAUCCAGCAAAUACAUUGCAAGACAUUAUUUCACAAUUGGAAAAUCAGACUAAAGCCCUCAAGGAAAUAUCCUGUCAAUUAAAAGAAGUUGCAAAGGAAUGUGAUGACGAAUUUAAAUCAAAAGUGGACACGCAUUAUAAUCAAAUAUCAGCACAGAUUAGUAGGCUUAAGGAGUUAAAGGAAAACCUAAAUUUGGAAGAGAAAACUGACAAAUUGGAGCGACCGCAAGCAUUUGACCUCUUCAGCCCUAUACCGAUGGAUGAAAAGCAGGCCAAGAUAACCAACCUUAACCAGCCUCGAGUUUUAAGUAUGGAUUCUGGAAACUUCUCAGUGGCUUCGAAGCAUAAUCAUGUUACAAUGGCCGGAGAUGAAUUAAAACCCGUGGUCCAAGUCACAUCGGACAGUAUAUCAGCGGUUUCUAUGAAUGAUAUGAGUAAUUGGUAUAAUGACACAGUAUCAAAGCGCCCAACGAAAGGUCUCAACCAAACGUGUCAAAACUUAUCAAUAAACGAGCAGCGGUUUUCGGCGGACAUGCGUUCAGUCGAACAGAGCAAUGACAAGAUGAAGGAGUUGAACGCUGACCUUGACACAGUGUUGGACAGAUUACAACAGAUUUUGACGCAUAAUUUUACUGUAGAUGAAUCCUGCUUUGACAACAGUCAGUUAAGGGAGACGGCAACAGAAAUGGAAGGGUUACUCGGCUCUUUGAUUCGGGGAGUUGAACAAAGAGCAACCUUUAAUUCCAAAGGGAUGGUGUAAAUCAAUUUUCUUUUAAAAGUUGUGUUAAAAUGUCUAAAAUUAAGAAACAUUAUUAAAUAAUUUUGUUGUAAUUGUGUCAUUACAACAAACUUAUUUAAUAAUGUUUGUAGAGAAAUAAUGAAUUAAGCUUCAUAAGGCACAUUACAAAACAUAGAGUAAAAAUAAAAACAAAAAGAUAGACUUUAAAAGUAUAAACUAAUAAUUCGUAUGGCUUAUGGUUGUAAAAUUAGGAUUAAAUAUUAUAUAUUCUCUAUGUGACAAAUUAAUUUAGACGUCCAUUUCUGUGAAGAAGUUGAGACUUGACGUUGACAGUUUUAGAAUGACUUAAUAUUAAAACUUUUCAAAGUAAAAACUUUGUGUUGAAAUUAUGACAACUUAUAAACCGGACUUUGACGAGUGACGUAUGACAAAAACUAAAUCCAGUACACGUAUACACAAAACAUACGAAAAUCAUAGUUCGCGGUAGGCUUCUAAUUCUAAGCCUUCUUAGAUUCUCUGUACAAGUGACUGAAAUAUUAUUUAUGUAUGACAUAACAAUUUUGUGAUAUUUUGACAUUCCAAAAUAGAUUGUUUUUUACUAGCGUGUUUUAUACGCAUUAUAUAAAUUAAUUUUCACUAAUUGAAUGAACUUAUAAUUUUAAGAUGACAUUGACGUUAAUUUAAAGACUUUUCUUAUUUUAAUGGCUGGACCUACUUAUGCAUAGUAUGUAAAUUGUCAAUUUUUCUUUGUGCUUAAAAUGUAAGUUUAAAUUAUCAAUGAAUUAGAUAAACGUAGAUCUGAUUUCUUUGAUCUCAACAACAAUUUGAGAUUCCUUAAGUUUUUAUAAGUAUCAGCUAAAUGACCAUAGAAGAAUCGCUUACGGUUCUUAUUAUAACAUAGAUACUCACCUGUAUUGGUUACUCAAAUUCUGUAUCUACCCUCAAAGUAGUAGUAUAUAAUUUAGAUAGUUUUUGUAAAUACCUUACAAUUUUUUUGUUGUGCAUACCCACCUGAUAUUUUUCUGUAUACUUAUAAACAGUUGUGUAACAUUCGCCGUCCAUUGGUGCUCAAUAAUAUAAGCUUUAAUUAGAAAAAAAAAAACACAUUUAUAAAAGUAACAUGCGAUAUAAUUUGUAUAAAUUUACAUA